GUUUAUACUUGCAUAAAAACCAAAGGUUUUUUUCUCUUUUUUUAGUACAUAAUAUAUAUUUAUGCGUGUGUAAAUUUUUUUUUGAAGUAAAUGAGGUGCAAGGAUCUUUUGACUGACCUUAGCAGCAGUGUCGGCGUCUGCGCCACUUGUCUCCGGCAGCGUCUUCUUGCGGUCCUCGCCGCCCAAGCUCAAUUAGCACGCGCUGCCGAGAGUCUUCGGAAACCUGACGUACCGCCGCUGAUUUUACCUCGGUCUGUUUCUCCUUACGUUAGUAGACGGAAAUCUGAAGACGACGGUGCCGACUGGAUCCACCACCAGCGGUUUUACAGCACUCCUCAGGUGGGGCCUACCCACGGCACCGGAGCCAGAGGCGAUUUUGAAGCUGUCAGGUCUUACAAAAAGAAAAACAGGUUCUCGUUCCUUUCGGAUCUUUUCAGAUCGAGAUCCGAGAAGUUUAAUUCGGAUCGUAGUGUUCAUUAUCAUCGGGACUCGUCCGAUGAACCGUCCUCAUCAGAAAUUUAA